UCCUUCCCUCCUCCCUCCUUCCUUCCCUCCCUCCUUCCCUCCCGCGGUCACACGCGGCAGCCGCCGCCGCCGAACCCGCUGCAGCCCAACAUGGCGGCCGCGGCGGGGGGGAGCCGCCGCCGAGCGCCGCCGCAGCGCGGGGAGCCGAGCCCGGGGCCGCCGCUACUGCUGGGAUUGAGGGGAGGAGGGGAUGCUGCAGCAGGGAAUGCAGGGAUACGGGCGGACCCAGGGAUACGGGAGGGAGAGAGGGCGGGCGUGGGGAGGCCGCAGCGCAGCUCCCCGCAGGCUGCGGCCGACCCGGCUGGGCUAUCCCGGGCGGACCCGCCCGUCCGGCCGGGGAUCCCUGCGGGCCUUGCCCCGAGCCGAGGAGAGCAGCCUCCGCCGCUGCCCGGCGCGGUUCCGCUCGCCGCCUCCUCAGCAAUAAGGCUUUUGAUUAAAAAUCGCGGCCUGGUUAUGGAGGGCUGGCAGGGGGAGCAGCGCCUGCCUGCUCUUCCAAGGGGAUCUGCCGAGCUCCAGGCGCGAGCCGGGACUCCGGCUCCCUCACACUUCGGGGCUGUUAAAACGUGACGGAAAAUGCGUCGGCUCUUGACGGUUCUGUCCCCGCUAGCGAAGUGCCUACCCUCAUCGAGGAGCCCGCCGUGCCACCAGAGUACACGCCGGGGGAAACAAGCUCCUUUUGCGGGCAUUUCAAACCCAUACCGUUUAAGAGAGCUGGAGGAUAUCCUAGUUGAUCAACGUGUUUUGUUUUAAGGCGGUAUAGUCUCAACUGCAGAAGUGCAUCCGAGGAUUUUGUGAUCUCUUUGCAGGGCCGCCUGUGGGGUGGAAAAUGGCAGCUGCCCACCAGCACACCGCGGCAGUUCUCCUGGCCAGAGAAGCCAGGUGAAAGGGGAGGAACGCCAUACCACCCUCAAAGGUCACUGGCUGUAGGUGAACUCCAAGCAUUCUCCUGAAGCCCACCAAGUUCAUCUUCUGGAGCUCAAAGGAAGGAAGAAACUCAGGCAUUGGCUUCCUCAGUUCAGUAACCGACAGAUGACCCUCAACUGGGUUUUGCCAUACCAAGCAUCUAUAUAACACUUUUUUUGUAAACUGGCCUUUUUACCAGCUAAUAUAAGACAUCAACAGUCUUACAUACCCAGUAAAAUGUACUACACAAUAUUAUUAAAGUCCCAUAUGUUUGUUCAGAA